AUGUACAUUACAGGUACACGAUAUUUUGUAGAUGUAUCAAAUCUUACUAGUACCAAAUCUAGUAUAGAAUUUAGUACCAAAUUUAAUAUAGAAUCUAGUACCAAAUUUAGUAUAGAAUCUAGUUUCAAAUCUAAUAUAGAAUCUAGUACCAAAUCUAGUAUAGAAUCUAAUAUCAAAUCUAGUAUAGAAUCUAGUAUCAAAUCUAAUAUAGAAUCUAGCAUCAAAUCUAGUAUAGAAUCUAGUACGAAAUCUGGUAUAGAAUCUAGUACCAAAUUUAGUAUAGACUCUAAUUUCAAAUCUAAUAUAGAAUCUAGUACCAAAUCUAGUAUAGAAUCUAAUAUCAAAUCUAGUAUAGAAUCUAGUAUCAAAUCUAAUAUAGAAUCUAGCAUCAAAUCUAGUAUAGAAUCUAGUACCAAAUUUAGCAUAGAAUCUAGCAUAGGAGAAUUAAAGAAUGUUACAAAUUUCUAG